CGAGUUUAGUGGAUGACGGCAUUCCUACCACUCAAUCUUUUUUCCCCUUCCUUUCCUUUUUUUUUCCCGAAUAAAACUACCAACAGAAAUCUGUACGGCGCGACCCAAGUGAAGCCCGAGUCAGCUUCGCUUCGAUGGUGCGACCGCGCGCAAGGGUAGCUUUAUAUGGUCCAUGACGACGCUACGAGAAUAAAGCGCUCAAGAUGCCUUCGCGAGCGUUGGGCCGCGCUUUAAUGGGGAGUCUCCCGCAACGCGGUGCCGGCAUCGCAAAGCUCUCCCACCACCACCAACUUGUCGGCUUACCUCGAAACGAGCUUCCCACCUUCGCGAAACAACCAAUUUCUCUGGAAAUCUCCCUUCGAUCUAAUUUCCAUACCUCUUCGUCUACUUCUAAAACAAUCCCCACGUCAUUCCGUCCCGCCCGAUCGCAAACGCCACGAGACUUUUCUCCGAGCCCGCUCGGCGUUACUCCUACCGCGCGCUCAACAUUGUCAAACCCACCUUGGCAAUCUCCAGUCAGCAUCCUACGGAACUUCUCCGCAAGUCGGUCGUCCAACCGAGAAAGUCAAAAUGUUACAAAUCCGAGCCCGCAGAAGCAAGACGUUGGGGUUGCUACUUCGGAAACAGCGACGGCUGCACAAGACGGUGCGCAGUCUCACGAGGGCUUUGCUAAGAGUGAGAAAGCUUCCAAAGCGGCCCAAAUCAACUUGCGGGCUCGUCUAUCCCACGAAGGAAAGGAUGGCAAGAAAUCUUCGGCUUCAAUGAACGAGAUAUGGCGUUUGAUUAAAAUCGCAAGGCCAGAAGCCAAGAACCUCAUUAUUGCUGUUGUCCUACUCCUAGUCUCUUCAUCUCUCUUUGUCUCGCUCCCUCUUGUUGUUGGGAAAGUCAUGAAUCUAGCUACAUCGAAACCCAUUGAGGAAACUGAGAUCUUCGGCUUGUCACUUUACCAGUUCUUCGGUGCCUUUGGUCUAGCUCUCACUGUGGGCGCAUGUGCUAACUUCGGGCGUAUCAUUUUGCUUCGGAUUGUCGGCGAGAGGGUUGUUACGCGCCUUCGGUCACAGCUUUUCAGAAAGACCUAUGGACAAGAUGCCGAGUUCUUCGAUGCGAACAGGGUGGGUGACCUGAUUUCUCGUCUUGGUACGGAUACGAUCGUUGUGGGCAAGAGUAUUACGCAAAACGUCUCAGAUGGGUUAAGAGCACUCGUAAACAGCGUAUCAGGACUCGCAUUGAUGGCCUGGAUCAGCCCUAGUCUUACUGCCGUCAUCUUGGUUGCUGCUCCGUUCAUCGGCACCGCUUCUUUCAUUUAUUCUCGGAUUAUCCGAAGAAUAAGCCGCAAGAUGCAGCAGAAUCUCGGAACUCUAACCAAAAUUGCGGAAGAGCGCCUCGGAAAUGUCAAAACAAGUCAAGCUUUUGUUGGUGAGGCUCAAGAGGUCCGUCGGUACAAUAAUCAAGUCAGGAAGGUUUUCGAGCUUGGGAAGAAGCAAUCCAUCUACGAUGCAUCAUACUUCUCCGGUACAUCUUGGAUGGGCAACAUGACAAUAAUUGCCUUACUCUGGUUUGGCGGGAACCUUGUGAGAGACGGUAUAAUGACCACCGGCGACCUCACUACGUUCGUCAUGUACGCAUUUUGGGCUGGUGGGGGUUUAUUCGGUGUCGCCAAUUUCUAUUCCGAAUUGAUGAAAGGAGUCGGUGCGGCUACGCGCAUCUUCGAACUUCAAGACCGAAAUUCGGGUAUUUCUUCAACGAAGGGUAUUAAGGUCACAUCAGCACAAGGCCCUAUCAAAUUUGAGAAUGUCUCGUUUGCUUACCCUACCCGGCCGGCUGUCACGAUUUUCAAUAGUCUAAAUUUCGAGAUACCCUCGGGGACCAAUGUGUGUAUCGUCGGUCCGUCCGGCGGAGGCAAGUCGACUGUAUCAUCCUUGUUGCUAAGAUUCUACGAUCCCACUUCCGGCUCUAUCAGCAUCAACGGCGUAGAUAUCUCCAAGAUGAACACUAAGGCGCUACGACGCCGCAUUGGCAUGGUAUCUCAGGAGCCUGUACUGUUCUCAGGGACUGUGGCCGACAACAUUUCGUACGGAAAACCAGAUGCUACCAGGCUCGGGAUUAUUACAGCAGCACAAAAAGCCAACUGUGGAUUUAUCAGCGAUUUCCCGCAAGGUCUUGAGACCCAAGUCGGACCAAGAGGCGCGCAACUUUCGGGUGGGCAAAAGCAACGUAUCGCUAUUGCGCGGGCCCUUAUCAAAGACCCCGACAUUCUCAUUUUAGACGAGGCUACGUCGGCUCUAGAUGCGGAAUCCGAGACAGCAGUCAAUCUAGCACUGUCGGCACUAUUAAAGGGUCGCCGACGAACGACUAUCUCUAUUGCGCAUCGAUUGUCGACUAUCAAGAGAUCCGAUAAGCUUAUUGUACUGUCUAACAACGGCACGGUUGCAGAAGUUGGAUCGUACGAGGAACUCAGCUCCAACCCCAAUAGCGAAUUUACGCGAUUGAUGGAAUGGCAGAUGAGUGGAGGUGAGAUUCCUACCAAGGCAAAAGAGCCCACGCUCUCGGAGUCCGAGAUCAUCGAGGAAGAACUCGAAGAGACGGACGAAGAGGAGCUUGGAGUGGAAGAAGAAGAGGUGAGAGAAAAAUCGGAGCGGCGAUAGUCAUGACUGUGUUUUGAUAUACCAUUCUAUGUUUGCAUAUAAAAAAGGGGGCCUCGGGGACGGCUUUACUCGUCUUUCUGUCUUGCGUGUUUAAGGGAGCACGCAAAAAAGGUGGGUGUUGGUUUUA